CCACGCAGAGAUCCAACCAUGGCACCUACAAUCACUGCAGCAACGACCAACUUUCAGGAUCAUUUGACUCUGACACACAAGCUCAGAAAGCCUCUGGUGGAGAAGCUUCGCAGAGAGAGAAUCAACAGCAGCAUCGAGCAGCUCAAGUCUCUGCUGGGUCCAGAGAUCCUCAAACAGCAGCCAGACUCCAAGAUAGAGAAAGCAGACAUCCUGGAGAUGACGGUCUGCUUCCUCAGACGACUGCACCAGCAGCAUCACGCUGUGGACUCAGCAGAUGUUGGUCAGGGCUACUCCAGAUGUGUCCAAGAGGUGGUGCACUUCCUGUCCAAGGAGGAGGUGAAGACUCAGUCCCAGAGAGGACUGCUGAGACACUUCAUCCAGCUGAAAUCUUCCUCUGAGAAGAACCUGAGAGACGCUGACUUCUCUCCUCUGAGCUCCUCAGUCCAGAGCAGCAACAGUAAAGACAAGAGUCCAGUCAACAGCGCCCCCUGGAGGCCGUGGUAGACUCCUGCAGACUGGAGUUACAACCAGACAACCUGAGGAGACCAUAUUGGUCGUUGAUCAUUGACUUGAAGUCCUUUUAGAAGUCCUUCAUCUGUAUGAACGGAAGGUCUUAUUUUGGGAUUUUUAGAAGAAUUCUCACCUCUGUUUCCACAGAUGUUGUUCUUUUGUUUUGUUUUUUUGUUUUUUUUUCUAUUGAAAAGAAAAGAUCUUUGUUUUAAAAAAGAAAAUGUGUUGUCAAAGAAAUUGUUAAGACCAUACUGGUCAAGUGAUAUCAGAACUGAGUUCUAAAAAUAUCUGUUUUCAUUCUGGAAAGUUGUUGGUUUUGUGUUUAUUCACAGUUUCAGGAACAAAAUACAAAACAAACUUAAUU